CUCUCAUUCACUAUAAUAUAACGUGUGUGUUUGUGUUGUGAUAAUAAUCUAGUGGGUAGCAAGUAAUAAAAGUAAAAGCAAAAUUUAUCGUCAUUUUGUUAUGUGAAAAUUUUGUUUGUUUGUGCGUGUAGAUGCUUAAUAAUGAAGUGUUGAUUUUAUUUCCGUAGAAAUACUAAAAUUCAUAGCAGAAAAAAAAAUCGUAUCGACCAUUUUUGACUACACAAUUCAUCUUAAUAAUCGUCGUCGAAGAGAAGCAUUCAAAAACAACCUUGUUAAAGUUUUUCUUGUUGUUGUUGUUGUUGUUGUUGCCGUUGUUGUCAAGUUUAGAUAUAUAGAAUUUAAAUUUAAAAUUUCAGUGUACGUUCUUUUUGUCAUUGAUAAUUUCAUCAUCAAAUUGUGUAUUGUUUUAAAUGGCACCAAAAUUUGCUCCAAAAGUUUGGAAACGACCAUAUACAAGUAUCUAUAACGAUAAUUAUCGUUAUGGAAAUUCAUUGUAUUCGGAUGCAGUUGAUGAAAUUGAACGUAAAUAUAAUGAAGCAUUGGCUCGUACUAGUUUUCGUCGUGAUCGACCUGAUUUAGGAUUAUCAACUUUUGCCGAUAGUCAAUUGAUGGGUGAAUCAGUGGCAAGAAAUUUACGUACACAGGCAGCAAAUGAUUCAUUAUCGAAUGAAUUAACACGAACAUUGUCAACAGAACGUGUUAAUAGUUAUCUUGAAGGUAGUGAACGACGUGCACAUUCAGCUGCAUUGGCAUCAUCGCCAUCAUUCGAUUCAUAUUAUUCAUCACGUCAAUUGGAUCGUUUGAAUUCAGAGCUAGAAGAUAGCCGUCUACGACGAUCCGCAUCACGACGAUCAAUGUCAAGACGACCGGAAUCAGCUUAUUAUACACGACAAUCAUCAUAUGAAAUGUCAACAUUAAACGAUGAUGUUGGUAAACCACGUGAUUCAUUCUGGAUGGAACGAUGCAAUGAAUUAUUGAAAGAAGUUGAACUAGUACGUUUGGAUCUAAAUGAAUCGGCUAAUAAAAUCAAACAAGAACAGGCAGUGUUGAAGGGUAAAACGGAUCGUGAAGUAACCGAUCUAAUGAUUACUAUUGAAGAUCAAGAUCGUCAGUUGAAUGAUUUGCAAAAACAAUUACGUAAACAAGCGAAACAAGUUUCGGAUAUAUCGCUUGAAUUGCAAGCAUCACAACGACAAUAUCAAGAUGUUAAUGAACAAUUGGGACAAUCACAGAAACGUUGUCUAAAUCUUCAUCAUGAAUUGGAAGAGAUGAAAAAUAAUCUGGAAAAGUCACAUAUCUAUACAUCGUUUGCAAAAGAAUUGAGUAAAUCAACAUCAACUAUGCAAAUGCCUGAACAUUAUAAUGUAAAACGUGAUCCAAGAUUUCAAUUGAUGGAAUAAAAUGAAAUGAAAUGAAUAACAUGCAUACAUGAAUAGAAAGAAUCGUGAACAAUACAGAAAAAAAACCAAUAAUUUAAACUGGAACAACAGGAAUAUACGAAUAUAUAAUAAAUUCUUGUCAACUGCCACAUUUAGAAAUUGACAUCUUUAACUAAUUUUACUUUCAUUUGACGAAAAAAAAACAAAAAUCUAAUAUAUCCUUAUUUAUUUAUUUUAAUUUGAAAAUUAUAUUUCAACCACCAGCACCACCACCACCACCACCAUCAGAAAAAAAAGAAACCUCCACCCUAACCAUGAAUAGUGUUUAUGAUUUGUGAAAUUUGAUUAAAUUGCACCUAACACCCAAAA